AAAAGAAUUUUUCAUUCACAGAAUUAAUUAAACGAUUCCAAAAGUAAACGAGAUACGUAGUGCACUCCACAAUGUGGACAAAUCACAAUGAAGAUGAUGAGAUUUAGAGAAUAAUAUAUUAGAACGAGAAGAGUCAAAAGAAAAGCCUUUUUGGAGUGUUUUAUGUAAUAAUAAUUUUAAAUUUUCGUUGUUCCUAUCUUUUAGGGAGAUUGUCGAGUUUGGAGCCGAUACACAAACGUGGUGGGUCGUCCACAAAGAUCGGUUCAAGAAUCCAAUGAAGCAUCAGCAAAGAAUCAUCAUCAAUCUCCAUUUCCAUCAUCAUCUCAUCAACAACUAAUCUCUACCAAACUUUUCCCUUUUCUCUUCUUUCAUCAACAACAAAACACCCCCCCUAAAUAAAAUCUCCUAAAACACCCUCCAAUUUCUCCUUUUUUCUUGUUGUUCACCUUCUCUGUUUCCUGAAGAACAACAGGAAGAAGAAUAAGAAGAACCCAUUUUGGAAUCAAGCUUUGCCGUAAUCUCUAACAGAGACAUUUCUUAAUUAGUUGGCAAUGGGGAGUGUGGUGGGGAAGUUGGAAUCUCCUAGAGAGUGUGUACCUGAAACAAAACUUGAAGCCAAAAUGGUUGAGACAAUGAGACGAAGAGCAACAAAAGGAAGCAUCAUUAGGUCAUUUGAUUGCAUACUCUUGAAAUUCCCCAAAAUUGAUGAUAGCCUUAGAAACUGCAAAACUAUUUUCCAACAGUUCGAUGAGGAUUUGAACGGGAUAAUUGAUCGUCGGGAGCUUAAGAAAUGCUUUGACGGGCUGGAGAUUUUGCUUACAGAGGAGGAAAUCGAUGAUCUCUUUGAGGCUUGUGAUAUUAGUGCUGCUAUGGGAAUCAAGUUCAAUGAAUUCAUUGUACUUCUCUGCCUUGUCUAUCUUCUCAAGGAUGAUCCCGAUGCUGUAUUUUCUAAAUCUCAAUUUGGAAUGCCGAAAUUGGAGGAGACAUUCGAAUCAUUGGUUGAUGCAUUCGUGUUCUUGGACAAGAAUAAGGAUGGAUAUGUAAGCAAGAGCGAGAUGAUCUCUGCAAUAAACGAAACCACGUCAGGAGAACGUUCAUCAGGGCGGAUAGCAAUGAGGAGAUUCGAGGAGAUGGACUGGGACAAAAAUGGAAUGGUAAACUUCAAAGAAUUUCUCUUUGCAUUCACCCGUUGGGUUGGAAUCGACGAGAAUGAGGAGGAGGAAUGAAAGAUGAAAAUCAUGUCAUAUUGAGUACGAAACUUCUUUUCCCAAUUCUUUGUUCGAUGAUGGCGAAACCGUUGUGCACAAUAAUGAAAGUAAAGGAUGGUGUUUCAUCUGUGCACUAUGUUGGCCUUUCUCACACAAAAAGUGAACUAGAAGAUAACAAUGGUUUCAAGGCGUUGGUAGUAAAUAAUUGUGUGAACUUGCGAAGAGUAGAAAUCAUAUAAUUUGAAAUGCCUUUUUCUAUCAAGUGGGCAUUGUUUUUGUUUAUUAUUAUCCUCCAUGGCAUCUUGACUGAUUUUCACUGGAUGGGUUGGAAAAUAGUUUAUUUUCUUUGAACUUCUCUGACUUGCCCUCAACAUUAUGGACUCCUUUUCUUCUUAUUCAAAGGGAAACUUCACUUCAUCAA